GAUUAGCAGCAGACUGUUGCUUUUUAGGCUGCUUUUUUUUUUGAGGGGAAAAAAAAACAAUUUAAGAGUCAUACUCGACAUUAUUAACUUAAUUCCCCCGCGUUAAUUAUCUAUUAACGAGCGCGAGGCUCCGCUUAAACUGUCAGCUGCGGAAAAAUGACAUGUCAACGGCUAAACUUAUUGCUGUAGAACCGAACUCGGCUCCAACGUCCGCGCGCUGAAGGAGACGCAGCCAACGGCCACCCGAAGUUUAUUACUGUGUCCUCGGCAACAAAGAGGAGCGGGCGCCUCUCUGCUCUCUUCGAGCCGUUACUCGACGCCAGCGCGUGCGGUUGAAGGCCCAAGAAGAGAUUUCAAACGCAAGCUGUAUGUUCGCGUUGUAAACGGACAUGGAGCACGGGGGAGGACCGUCUGAAUAACAGGGAUUGACUCGUGUAUAUUUAUAGUUCGCACCGCUUCAUCAAACCUCCACCACCGGAUUGGAUCUAGUAAAUGUAAAGGAUCGUUUCGCUCAAGCUACCAUGGACAUCUAUCCCCGGCCAAGCGGGGAAAUCCAGAGGAGAAACCCUCAGCACGACUUUGAGCUCAUUCAGAGGGUGGGAAGCGGCACAUAUGGAGACGUGUACAAGGCUCGAAACAUACAAACCGGGGAGCUCGCUGCUGUGAAGAUCAUAAAGUUGGAACCAGGGGAUGACUUUUCCAUCAUAGAGCAGGAAAUCUUCAUGGUGAAGGAUUGCAUGCACCACAAUAUUGUGGCCUACUUUGGGAGCUACCUCUGUCGAGACAAGCUUUGGAUAUGUAUGGAGUACUGUGGUGGAGGAUCUCUGCAGGACAUUUAUCAUGUGACGGGACCUCUCUCGGAGCUUCAGAUAGCAUAUGUCUCCAGAGAGACUAUUCAGGGUUUGGGAUAUCUGCACACCAUGGGCAAGAUGCACCGUGACAUUAAGGGGGCCAACAUACUUCUGACAGACAAUGGAGAUGUGAAGUUAGCUGACUUUGGAGUUGCAGCCAAGAUAACAGCCACCAUUGCCAAAAGGAAGUCCUUCAUUGGAACACCUUAUUGGAUGGCUCCAGAAGUAGCAGCAGUGGAGAAGAACGGUGGCUACAACCAGCUGUGUGAUAUCUGGGCCGUUGGCAUCACGUCCAUAGAGCUGGCCGAGCUGCAGCCGCCAAUGUUUGACCUCCACCCGAUGAGGGCCUUGUUUUUGAUGUCAAAGAGCAGCUUCCAGCCUCCGAAGCUAAAAGAAAAAAACAAAUGGUCCACCGCCUUCCAUAAUUUUAUCAAAGUGUCUCUGACAAAAAACCCAAAGAAGAGGCCCACUGCUGAAAAACUUCUAUCGCAUGUGUAUGUAGCCCAGCCGGGUUUGACAAGGAGGCUCGCUGUUGAUCUCCUAGAUAAGAUGAACAACCCACACAACCACCAGCAGUACAGCGAGGUGGACGAUGAUGACCUUGAGCCCCUCUCUGCAGUCAGACACACUAUCCGCUCCACCAACAAACAAGCCAGAGCUGAGAGGACGCGCUCAGAGAUGGACUCAAACAAUGGGAAAGACCGAGGAGGGCCAUGCUCAAGUCCUAGCUUCACUGAGGGCCACGGGGGGGACGCAGUCGACAAGCUCCAGUUUGAACCACCUCUCCGGAAGGAAACUGAGGCUCAUUCUGAAAUGGAUGUGAGUAAAGAUAAUGACUUCCCUUCCCCCUGGAGUCCCUUUGCAGAGGGAGGAAUAACAACCAGGAGCCUUCUCAAAAGCGUUGAGGACGAAUUGUUCCAACGAGGACACAUCGCCCAUCUAGAAGAUGCCUUUGAAGGAGUGGAGCUGUCAACUCUGAAGCCAGGGCUUCCUCCUCCUCUGCCUCCGAAGCCCCGAUUAAACAGCUCGUCAGAGGAGCCCGGCCUGAACGACGAGAGGUCUCUGACGGUCCGGAGGUUCCCGAACUCUGAGAACAGGCCGAGCCAGGUGGUUCGCAUACAGAGCACACCGGAGCACCUGGGCAACAAGGUGGAGCGCUCGCCUCCAGAUUUCCUCUCCGUCAGCGUCAGCAGCCCCGGCCUUCUGUCUCACGCCUCUGAUCUUGCUCUCAGUAAACCUGAAUGUAAAGAUAAUGAUUCGGAUGACAGUGUGAAUGACGGCAGUCCCAAGAUGCCACCCAACCGACAGCACCGGAAGGAGAAGAAGGAAUUCCCUAAACCAGCGAUCAACGGUCUUCCUCCCACUCCUAAAGUGCUGAUGGGAGCCUGUUUCUCCAAAGUGUUUGAUGGCUGUCCUCUGAAAAUCAACUGUGCCACAUCAUGGAUUCAUCCAGACACCAAAGAUCAGUACCUAAUCUUUGGAACGGAGGAAGGCAUCUAUACGCUGAACCUUAAUGAGCUGCAUGAAGCCACGAUGGAGCAGCUGUUCCCGAGGAAGUGUACAUGGCUGUACGUUAUCAACAACAACCUGAUGUCUUUAUCCGGUAAAACCUUCCAGCUGUACUCUCACAAUCUCAUCGGGCUGUUUGAGCAGCUGAAGAAGCCGGGCCUGGCGGCUCAGUUCCAGACUCAUCGCUUCCCAGACAAGAUCUUACCCAGGAGGUUUGCCUUGACGACCAAGAUCCCCGACACAAAGAGCUGCCACAAGUGCUGCAUUGUGAGAAAUCCAUAUACGGGCCACAAGUACUUGUGUGGAGCGCUGCAGUCUGGGAUUGUCUUGUUGCAGUGGUAUGAGCCCAUGCAGAGGUUUAUGCUUAUCAAGCACUUCGACUUCCCUCUUCCCAGCCCACUGAAAGUGUUUGAGAUGCUGGUGGUCCCGGAGCAGGAGUAUCCUCUGGUGUGUGUGGCCAUCAGCCAGGGCAGCGAGCUGGGCCAGGUGGUCCGCUUUGAGACCAUCAACCUCAACUCCUGCUCCUCCUGGUUCACAGAGAUUGGAACAACUCAUCAGCAGGUGGAUGCAAUCCACGUCACCCAGCUGGAGAGAGAUACAGUACUGGUGUGUUUAGACCAAAAUUUGAAGAUUGUUAAUCUCCAGGGCCGACUGAAGUCUAACAAGAAGCUGGCAUCGGAGCUCAGCUUUGAUUUCUGUAUUGGAUCCGUUGUGUGCCUUCAGGACAGCGUUCUGGCCUUCUGGAAACACGGCAUGCAAGGAAAGAGCUUCAAGUCUAAUGAGGUGACCCAGGAGAUCUGUGAUCCAAGCAGAGUCUUCCGCCUCCUCGGAUCUGACAGGGUGGUGGUUCUGCAGAGCCGACCCACCGACAACCCCACGGCCCUCAGCAACCUCUACAUUUUAGCGGGCCACGAGAACAGUUACUGAGCAAAGUGGAGAAGAUGCCUCAAGUUUUGUUUGGGAGAGAAGUCCAGACCUUCACGUCAGGUUCUGUGUCGAGGGAAAACGCCCGGUUUAAACCGGUUAUCGGGAGCUUUUGUUACUGGUCACGGGAUCGGCAGGUCAGUAAAAGAGGAGCCUCUUCAGGCUGGAUUCAUGAGUAGCCUUACACCAGAAGUGGAGAGCCAAUUACAGCUGUAAUGCAGAUUAUGGACUGGGUUACAAGCAAGCUUUUCUCGCGGUAUUAUUGACAAAAAGUGCCAUUUUAAAAUUCACAAUAAUUUGUGAUUUUGUAUUAGCAACACAGUGGGAGAUUUAUUGUGUUAUUGUCUGCAGCAUGUCACUCAUAAUAACCGUUAGUGGGCCUGAGAGGAGGAUUUACAAGCUCGAGUCAAACUAAUCGCUCAGUUUAAGGAGAAACCCAAGAGCAUUGUGGGUUAUUUAAGCAAUAUUUAUUAACCUCAUGCUAAGUGAUGUGUUUGAUUAACAGACAGCGCAGUCCUGCUGCGUGAGGUUUAACUACCUAGUGAACCGCUCGGGAGAAGCUUUGGGUUAUUUUUUUCUGCUAUGUAAUAAAGUCGCAUCUCUCCCGCUCUGCUGCAUUUUUAGAAGUCUGAUAAAAUGUAAAUUUUUUCCUUUACUUUCCUCUUUUAUAGGCCUUUUACUUCUCAUUAUUUGCACCAUGUAAGCACUUUUGUACAUUUUUAUUAUUUAAAAUAAAAUGACAAAAUGAGGGACAAUGCUCGGUUUUGCUAACAUCUUUGCAUUCCCUUCGCAAAAUGUUUAAUGUAUGCUGUUUUUUUUUUGUAAUAAAAAAAAGCUGUUAACAAGA